UCUCACAUACACCGGUGCUUCUUUCAGGCGGAGUGGUGCGGCGGCUGGCGGUCUCGCGGAGGGACACCAGACCAUUAAAAGGGCAGCAGUGAGGCUUCUUAGUUUUGCCGGCUUUAUCGCAAGUACCAAGAGCAGCGCACGAGACCGGCGUCCUGCGAAAUGCACUGCCUAGUCGUCGAAUUUUAUUUGAACAUUUAGUUUGUUUAAUCUCUACAAUAUUGUUAGGUUCAUUAACUUAAUGUUGCAACGAAUAGCCUAACUUAUUUUAUUCCUUGACGUGAAAGUAUACGCGCUUUAGGUCCCUCAGCCGAGGCUGUCACUCUUUCCAUCACUCUCAUAUUACCUGAAGAGAACGGACUGACCGCGCAACCAUGGGGUAUGGGCGAUCGGAUAGCUAUCGCGUGGCCACCACGCAAGAUAAAGAUGAUAAAGAUUCUCCAAAAAAGAAGGGGACGAAGGAUCUUGACGAUCUGAAGAAAGAAGUUCCCUUGACUGAACACAAGAUGUCUGUUGAGGAAGUAUGCCGGAAAUUUCAGACAGACAUUGUUCAGGGUUUAACUAAUGCAAAGGCUAGGGAGUUUCUGGCAAGAGAUGGGCCAAAUGCCCUGACCCCACCUCCCACAACUCCCGAGUGGGUUAAAUUCUGUCGUCAGCUGUUUGGAGGUUUCUCCAUCCUGCUGUGGAUAGGAGCCAUUCUCUGUUUCCUGGCCUACGCCAUUCAGGCUGCUACCGAAGAUGAGCCAGCUGGAGAUAACUUGUACCUGGGUAUCGUGCUGUCUGCUGUGGUCAUCAUCACGGGCUGCUUCUCCUACUUCCAGGAGGCAAAAAGCUCCAAGAUCAUGGAGUCAUUUAAAAACAUGGUCCCCCAGCAAGCAUUAGUAAUCCGCGAAGGAGAGAAGAUGCAGAUCAACGCUGAGGAAGUGGUAGCAGGCGACCUGGUAGAGGUCAAAGGUGGGGACCGAAUCCCAGCUGACCUUAGAAUCGUCUCUUCUCAUGGCUGCAAGGUGGAUAACUCCUCCCUCACCGGCGAAUCAGAACCUCAGACGAGAUCACCUGACUGCACUCAUGACAAUCCUCUGGAAACCCGUAACAUCGCUUUCUUCUCCACUAACUGCGUGGAAGGCACUGCUCGUGGUAUUGUGGUCUGCACUGGCGAUCGCACCGUGAUGGGCCGCAUUGCCACGCUGACCUCAGGACUGGAGACGGGGAAAACCCCCAUCGCUAAGGAGAUCGAGCACUUUAUUCACAUCAUCACAGGCGUGGCUGUCUUCCUAGGAGUGUCUUUCUUCAUUCUGUCCAUCAUUUUGGGAUACACCUGGCUGGAGGCCGUCAUUUUCCUCAUCGGAAUCAUUGUCGCUAAUGUGCCUGAGGGUCUGCUGGCUACAGUCACUGUGUGUCUCACUUUGACGGCAAAGCGUAUGGCUCGGAAGAAUUGCCUGGUUAAGAAUCUCGAGGCUGUAGAGACACUAGGAUCCACCUCAACCAUCUGCUCGGACAAGACUGGAACUCUGACCCAGAAUCGAAUGACUGUCGCACAUAUGUGGUUCGACAACCAGAUCCAUGAAGCUGACACCACUGAAGAUCAGUCUGGUGCAUCAUUUGAUAAGAGCUCAGCAACAUGGGUGGCUCUGGCCCGUGUGGCGGCUCUGUGUAACAGGGCUGUGUUCAAGGCACAACAAGACUCUCUACCCAUCCUAAAAAGGGACGUUGCGGGUGAUGCUUCUGAGUCUGCCCUGCUCAAGUGUAUCGAGCUGUCCUGUGGCUCAGUCAAGAUGAUGAGAGAGAAGAACAAGAAAGUAGCCGAAAUCCCAUUCAACUCUACCAACAAAUACCAGCUAUCCGUCCAUGAGACAGAAGACCCCAACGAUAACCGCUACCUGUUGGUGAUGAAGGGGGCUCCAGAGCGCAUCCUAGAUCGUUGUUCCACCAUAAUGCUGCAGGGUAAAGAACAGCCCAUGGAUGAGGAGAUGAAGGAGGCCUUCCAGAAUGCCUACCUGGAGCUUGGAGGACUUGGGGAGCGAGUGCUGGGAUUCUGCCACCUUUUACUGCCUGAGGACCAGUACCCUAAAGGCUUUGCCUUUGACACAGAAGAUGUGAAUUUCCAGACAGACAACCUUUGCUUUGUGGGACUGAUGUCAAUGAUCGACCCGCCCCGUGCUGCCGUGCCUGACGCUGUGGGAAAGUGCCGUUCUGCUGGAAUCAAGGUCAUCAUGGUGACAGGAGAUCACCCCAUCACUGCCAAGGCCAUCGCCAAAGGUGUGGGCAUCAUCUCAGAGGGCAACGAGACUGUGGAAGACAUUGCUGCCCGCCUCAACAUCCCCGUCAGUCAGGUCAAUCCCAGGGAUGCCAAGGCUUGUGUGAUUCAUGGAACAGAUCUGAAGGACUAUUCUCAAGAGCAAAUAGACGAAGUUCUGCGGAACCACACUGAGAUUGUGUUCGCCAGGACGUCUCCUCAGCAAAAGCUCAUUAUUGUAGAGGGUUGCCAGCGACAGGGAGCCAUUGUGGCUGUGACAGGUGAUGGUGUGAACGACUCUCCGGCCCUGAAGAAGGCUGAUAUCGGGGUCGCUAUGGGCAUUGCUGGGUCUGAUGUGUCUAAACAGGCUGCUGACAUGAUUCUUCUGGACGACAACUUUGCCUCCAUUGUUACUGGAGUAGAAGAAGGCCGACUUAUCUUUGAUAAUUUGAAGAAGUCCAUUGCGUACACCCUGACCAGCAACAUCCCUGAGAUCACUCCCUUCCUGUUCUUCAUUAUCGUCAAUAUCCCUCUGCCCCUGGGCACCAUCACCAUCCUCUGCAUCGACCUGGGAACUGACAUGGUUCCUGCUAUUUCCCUAGCUUAUGAAGCUGCGGAGAGUGACAUCAUGAAGAGGCAGCCCAGGAACCCUCUGAGAGACAAACUUGUGAACGAGCGUCUCAUCAGCAUUGCUUACGGACAAAUUGGUAUGAUCCAGGCUUUGGGUGGUUUCUUCAGCUACUUUGUGAUUUUGGCUGAGAAUGGCUUCCUGCCUUCACUGCUGGUGGGUAUCAGACUCAACUGGGAUGAUCGUUCGCAGAACGACCUGGAGGACAGUUACGGACAGCAGUGGACGUACGAGCAGAGGAAGAUCGUCGAGUUCACAUGCCACACAGCGUUCUUUGUCAGUAUUGUGGUUGUACAGUGGGCUGAUGUCAUCAUUUGCAAGACCAGACGCAACUCAGUAUUCCAGCAGGGCAUGAAGAAUAAGAUUCUGAUUUUUGGGCUGUUUGAAGAAACCGCUCUUGCUGCGUUCCUCUCAUACUGCCCGGGCAUGGAUGUGGCCCUCAGGAUGUACCCGCUCAAGCCGAGCUGGUGGUUCUGUGCAUUCCCAUACAGUUUCUUAAUCUUUGUGUAUGAUGAGGUUCGAAAGUUGCUCAUUCGCCGUAACCCCGGUGGAUGGGUGGAAAAGGAGACAUACUAUUGAUCAACAAAUCAUCUUUACUCACAUUCCUUCAUCUUCCAUUUUGUUCUACUACUUCUCUUCCCAACCGAGACGCACAACCACCCUCUCCCGCCCUCAACGAGACAGCAGCUUUAAGCCAAUAACACGUCUCUCUCCCCAAAGACAUCCAAACUCUCAAAUGUCCACAUCAUGCCCCCCAUUUCCUAUAAUAAUCUUUGCAUGUAUUUUCACACGACUGUGUACAUGAAGUCUACUAUAUAUCUAAAACUGGCAGCUGCAUAAUCAUUAAGUAGAUUCGAAAGGAGCUUUUGACACUGAAAAGGGAGUAUGUACGCGCACCUAUUAAAAAAGGCCGUCCCUCCAUCGAUUCUUUACAUCUAGGCCUUUUCCCUCAGCCUACACUCCAGUCACACACAGAAACACCAAUCACACCAAACCUGUUGUUGGACCCCAAUGGACACACUAGACUAGGUUAACAUAUUUCUCUCAUGUUUUAAUAAUUGUGCUUGUUAGAUGAUUUGAAUUUCUUUAAUCACUAAUGGAGGUGGUUUGGUGGCUUUGUUUAUAUUAUUUUCUACUUGUAUUGAUUGAUUGACAUCAGCAUCCUCUCUCACUUGUGCGUUCUUUGUUUGUGUGCUUGUUUGUUUAUUAACCUCAAAUCCUUCAAUACACUCUCAGUCUCUGUGUUGUAGGGAAACGUUAACACAAUGCCACAUCUGAGUAAUCAAAUAAAGGCAUAUCUGGGAAGACAGAAACACUGAAGAACAGUAUAAAACGAUUAUAUUGUAUGUUUAAACUCUCAUAACUGAAACACACUUGAAGCAGGUCAGGUUUUGCACAGAAAACUAAUAUGGUGUUGAACAUCAACAGCAUCUCUGGAAUAAAAUCAACUGCCGACAUGAACCGAGACACACUAGGUUUUGUUGUCCUCCUUUUAUACCAGUUCAAUUUGCUAUUUUUUGUAUCUUUAUAGUAACUGUUGAGAUAGAUUUCAGCUUUUAUCUGUCAUAUCAACAAUUUGUUCUCCUAAUAUCUUAAUCGAGACACAAACUUUAUCGUCCAAUCAUUUCUGGACCGACCAAUUGAGCCUGGUGUGUGCAGGUUCCAGCGCUGUUUAUCAGGAGAUGUGAUUAAGCAGUAUCAGGUCUUGUUGUCUGUGUCUGUGCACGCAUGUGUGUGUGUGUUUUGUGAGGUGAGGGACAGUGCGCUAUUGGCUGUUCAUCUGGCAGACAUGUGAAUAUUGAGAUUAAAGACUGAAGGACAAAACUACUGGCAUUAACAUGUAUCUGAAAGGUCAAAUCCAAUAAAACAUCUAGUACAUUUAAUAUUA